AUGAUAAUUCGUUCAUACUGUCGUUUUUUAUCUAUUGGAUUAAUGAUAGCCACAUUUCUGGCUUAUACGGUCGUUACUCGUAAUCGUCUUUAUUCCCAUAGUGAUGUGAAAAAUAAUAAUUCGUACGUUGAGCAAAUGAAAUCGAAGAAUCUGAAUUCUCACACACAGAAACAUAAUUCAAAAGUCUCAAAUAUUUAUCUUCGCGAUAUAAUUAACUUAGAACCAUUAAGACUAAUUUUAAAUACUACUGGUUUAUUGUACCAGUUUACAAACAGUACAAUACGUACUAAAUCAAAACAAGCGAUUGAUUUUCCAUACACAUAUCAUAACAACAGUGAUUUAAAUAAAUCAAUUGGUUUAAUUAUAAUGAUUCAUGGUUAUCGACGUUUAGGUGAUGAUUGGUUUACACUUUCAGGUGGUCGACGUAUAGUUCGAUCAUUUUUGGCGGCAGCUAUGGACAAACGAAAUCCACCUACGUCUUUUGAUUUAAACUGGCCUCUGAAAAAUCAGACGACUAAUACUGAUGUGCUCAACGUAUUAGUUGCUUUUCAUACUUGGCUCAAGCAACAUUAUCGUGACGAUAAUAAUCCUAAUUUAUUUUUAUACGCUGUAUCAUCUGGCUGUAAAUUUGCCACGAUAUUAUCUCGUGCCUUACCUAUUAUUGCACAAGUUUUACUUGUUGGUAUUGGUUCAGUAGAAGCGAUAACAACUCCAUUAACACGACGAUUCAGUGCAAAUUUGUCACAAUCACUUGCUCCUGUUUUUACUCAAUCGAAUUUAUUUCCAGUAUCUCCCACGUUAUUCAAUUAUGCAUUACAUGACAAAAAUAUCGUUAUCGGUCAAAUAUUACCUCAAGUGCAACUAAUGCGUCAGAAUUCAUUUGAACUAGGUGGUUUUUUAUUGACAUAUAAUGAGAGCAUUCAUAUAUUAGUCAUUCACCCAUCUGAAUUAGGCGCCUUAACAUUGCAAGAAAAGUUAGAUGAAUGGCAAUUCAAACCCUAUUUAUCCCGUCUAUUUUAUCAAAUUUCUACAUCUGAUUAUUAUAGAUCAUCUAACUAUUAUGCAACAUCAAAUUCAACAAUAAAAGGUAAAACAUUUUGGUGUACAACAGGUGAUAUAAUAGACGCAGUUCGACAAUUUAUUGAUGUCAAGAACGUACCCAAAGCAAGGAGGAUUAUUGUAGCUAUUGAUAUUAUGACCACACGUGGAAUAGAAGAAUAUGAUGAUGGAACAAUAUGGGAAAGACAUACAAGACAAUCCUGUAUUUGGGCUAAUGUGUCAUCGGUUAUCCGUGAAAUGUGA